AGUUCUGAGCGCCGCCGUAGUGGCGCGGGCCGGCGCAGGCCGCGCUCUCUAUGCUCCGGGAGGACCGAGCGGCCAGGCUGUUGCCAUGGCUUCCUAGUCCCGCCGCGGGAGGGAGGCUGCCCCGCCAGGCGCUCGCUAGCUUCGGCAACUAAGCCGACCGGGAAGCGGAAGGAAUCCGGCGCGGUGGGUCCCGGACCCCGGGGCGGAGCGCGGGGGCGCCCGGAACCCCGGAGAGCGGCGGGGAGCGGGGGAAGCGCUUCCUUCCCGAUUUGCGGAGUAGAUUCCAUCUCCCCACGCCCACCCCCACUGCUCCCCGACAGCCCUCGGUGUGGAAGAAUGGCCGUGAGCCACUCGGUGAAGGAGCGGACCAUCUCUGAGAACAGCCUGAUUAUCCUGCUGCAGGGCCUCCAGGGCCAGGUGACCACUGUGGACCUGCGCGACGAGAGCGUGGCCCGCGGACGCAUAGACAACGUGGACGCUUUCAUGAACAUCCGCCUGGCCAGUGUCACCUACACGGACCGCUGGGGGCAUCAGGUCGAGCUGGAUGACCUCUUCGUGACAGGCCGUAACGUCCGUUACGUCCACAUCCCGGAUGAUGUGAACAUCACGGCGACCAUUGAGCAACAGCUGCAGGCCAUCCACCGGGUGCGCAACUUUGGCGGCAAGGGCCAAGGCCGGCGGGAAUUUCCCUCCAAAAAGUAUAAAUGAGCCGGCUCGACAGCAAGCCCCCGUCCCCACUCAAGUUCCCCCGAGCCAACCGCCUGCGCUGCCUCCCUGCCCAGAGCCCAGAGAGCGCGCGGGGCCAGCCCAGAAACGGGUGUCUCUGAGAGACACCCCUGUCACAGCUGCCUUUCGCAGGGUCCCAUCUCCUAGGCCCCCCCGGGAUCCUGUCUCUCUGCCUGUGGCCUUGAGGCAGGGGACGUUGAUCACCUUGUGAUGAUUUGCAUCAGAAUCUGAUUUACUGAUUUAGGGAAUCUGCCGAGUAGUUUCCAACCCUCUCCCAGUGAGAGUUACCAAGUGUACUUAGCCUGGGCCACCCCUCAGUGUUCCGGUUUCCCACAGUUGUUUUGCUUUCUCAUAAAACUUGGAUGCAAAC